CCAACAGCUCAGCGUGCACGCGAGCGGACAGAUCACUCUCCUGUCUUACUACAAAAAAACAACAGGCUUUCUUUUUCUUUUCUUUCUUUCUUUUUUUUAAACACAGCCGAGAGCACCGCGUCGUGCCUGUGGAGAGGAUUAAAAAUAAAACACGAACUGGCGAUAUUUCUUUUCUUUUCUUUUUUUUGAAGAAAAGGAGCCAUUUUUCGGUCGCUCGCGCACAUUUUUUGGGUUCAAGAAAGAAGUCUCUGGAAAGAGAGCGCGACGUGACCGUUGAAACUUUUUUUUAGCAGCUAGCUGAACUACAGGUUCCUUGUGGAAGCCGAGUGAGAGACUAGACACGGAGUCGCGAGGUAGGGGGGAGAGAGACAAGCGAAAAAGAAAAACGGCUUUAUAAAGUCGACUUGUUGCACUCGAGAGUCGAGUUCGGAUUGUAGGAAGCGGAUUUCGAGCGCUUUCGGAGUUUUGGUGGACUCGCUGCUGCUGUGUGUUUUGUGGCGCUUUUGUUCUCACAGAAGAACGAGGCUUCAUUCGGGUCACCCAAACGACUCCCUCACUCGACUCCUCCAUCACGGCCAAGAAGUUUCACUCGACUCUUGCAACACUUUUCUCUUUCCUUCGAGCUUAUUUUUUUUUAAAGUGUUACCAAGGAGCUGGAUUUCACAACGUUAGUCAUGGACAAGCUGGAUUUCGCUUCUGAGGAUUACUACUGAAAUAGUGCAUGUUUUUCUUUAUUAAAAAAGAAAUCCUUUUAUUUUUUCUUGUUGUUUUGCUCCGCGAGAACUGAGGUAACACUGUGGUGUUUUUAAUACAGCAGGCUAUAGCGUUCCUGAAACCCGCGCGGUGUUUUAUUUUUUUAUUAUUAUUUUAUUUUUGGGGGGAUUUUAGCGCGCGCACACACACACACACACACACAUAUCCAGAGCCAACAUGCCACAGCUGAACGGAGGUGGAGGAGAUGAGCUCGGGGCGAACGACGAAAUGAUCUCGUUCAAAGACGAAGGCGAGCAGGAGGAGAAGACCGCCGAGAGCGUGUCCGCCGAGAGGGACCUGGACGACGUGAAGUCAUCGCUGGUCAACGAGUCGGAGAACAACAGCAGCUCGUCGGAUUCGGAGCCGACAGAGAGACGCCCUCAACCUCGCUCCGACGCGGAAAGUUACGAAAAAGCCCGAGAGUGUUUUAACGAAGCGCUGAGGAGGCAACAAGAUGGAGGAGGUCUGUUCAAGAGCCCGCACUACCCGGGUUACCCGUUCAUCAUGCUCCCGGAUCUGGCCAGCCCGUAUUUACCCAACGGGGCUCUGUCUCCCACCGCCAGGACUUAUCUGCAGAUGAAAUGGCCGCUGUUGGAUGUGCCGAGCUCAGCGGCGCUGAAGGACUCCAGAUCACCUACACCGGGACAUUUGUCUAAUAAGGUUCCUGUGGUGCAGCAUGCUCACAUGCACCCACUGACCCCCCUCAUAACCUACAGUAAUGAUCACUUUCCUCCAGCCACACCGCCUGCGCACCUCUCCCCAGAGAUCUUGGACCCUAAGACAGGUAUUCCACGGACCCCACACCCCUCUGAGCUGUCUCCAUAUUACCCCCUCUCUCCAGGGGCUGUGGGGCAGAUCCCUCACCCUCUGGGCUGGCUCGUCCCACAACAAGCGCAGCCCAUGUACUCCAUCCCUCCAGGAGGAUUCCGUCACCCGUACCCAGCCCUCGCUAUGAAUGCCUCCAUGUCCAGUCUGGUGUCGAAUCGUUUUCCUCCUCACGUUGUGCCUCAUCAUCCUCAUGGCCUUCAUCAGACGGGAAUUCCUCACCCUGCUAUAGUCUCUCCUGCCAUCAAACAGGAACCCAAUGGAGAGCUGAGCCCCGCUGCACACACGAAGUCUCCAGGGCCAGCGAAGAAGGAAGAAGAGAAGAAGCCACACAUUAAGAAGCCCCUGAACGCCUUCAUGCUGUACAUGAAGGAGAUGAGGGCUAAAGUGGUGGCCGAGUGCACGCUCAAAGAGAGCGCCGCUAUCAAUCAGAUACUAGGCAGGAGGUGGCACUCUCUGUCUCGGGAAGAGCAGGCCAAAUACUACGAGCUGGCCAGGAAAGAGCGGCAGCUUCACUCUCAGCUCUACCCCGGCUGGUCCGCACGUGACAACUACGGCAAGCGGAAGAAGAGGAAGAGAGAGAACAAGGCCAGCUCAGCAGCAGAAGAUUACUCGGCGCGGAAUAAGAAGCCCUGUGUGCAGUACCUCCCUCAGGAGAAGAUGAUCGACAGCCCGGCGUCCUCUCACGGCAGCAUGCUGGACUCCCCGGCCACGCCCUCCGCCGCCCUGGCGUCGCCCGCCGCACCCGCCCCCACUCACUCCGAGCAGGCCCAGCCGCUGUCUCUCACCACCAAACCGGAGCGCCACCACCCUCACUUCUCUCUGAUCUCCAAACCUUCCUCAUCAUCCUCCUCCUCUUCUGCUUCCACUUCAUCUUCCUCCUCCUCCUCCUCCUCCUCUCACCCCAGCAUCUCUCUCGCCAUCAGCUCCUCAGGUAGUCAUUCGACCCCGCCUCUCCUCUCUCGACCAAUCCCUUUCACCUCCCUGCACCCCUCUCUCUUGUCCCCGCCCUCGCCGUUCCACCAGGCUGCCCUGCACUCCCAUCAUGCCUUGUUCCAGACGCAGCCGCUCUCCUUGGUAACCAAAUCAGCUGACUGAGCCUACGGAAACAUCUCUCUCUCUCUCUCUCUCUCUCUCUCUCUCUCUCUUUUAUUCAAUCUCUUUCUCUGCUUUAAACAUGCUGUACAUUGCUUUUUUUGUUGUUUUUUGUUUUGUUUUUUAAACCCUUCCUCCCCCGACAUAGAUGUCAGGUUUAACUUUUUUGAUAAGCGAAAAGUAAAUGAAUAUUAUUGGUCAAUAUUUGAUCACCUGCUUUUCUGUGUCUCUCUCUAUGAAAGUGUAUUUUUUUGUAAAGUCUACUUUGGAACUGGUUUCUUAUUUGAUACAGUUAUCCAGCAAAAACUCCUUGUAUAAAGUUAUUACUUGUAUUAAAAACUUCUUUAAUAAGACAAGAAGGAACAAAAAAAGAACAUUCUUAAAAAGCUUACAUGUAAUUAAUGGUAGUUUUGAAGUUGAAUUGAUAGAACAGGCCGCUUUAUUAGGAAGGCUUUGGAGACUACCCCAGUUUUGAAGUGUGUGAAACUUGAUAAAUAAAACUUGUAAAUUGUUUCUAGAACA